GUGUCUGACGAUAGUUCGGAGGAGCCCGAGGAGGAUGAGGAGGAGAUGAGGCGGAUUCGCGAGGGUUUCAUCGUAGAUGAAGAUGAAGACGAGGAUGAUGCAGAGGACGAGGAAGAGGAGAGGCGAAGGCGACGGAAACGUCGGAAAAAGCACCACAGGAGGCACCGUGAGGAGGAAGAGGCCCUCGAAGAGGACGACUUGGAACUUCUUGAAGAGAAUACUGGUGCCUCUUUCUCUCGUAAUCGUUUGACUCGUCUGCGCCGCGCCCGGGAUUCCGACUCGCCUCCCGCUCCAUCUUCCUCGAAACGUAAAGCCGUUGUCGAAUCGUCAGAUGACGACCUCGACAACGAUGAUUUGGACCUGCCCCAGGUGCAGGACAUCCAAAACAUUUGGGAUGACGAGAGGAACGCAGGAGGUAGGGAUGAUGAGGACGACGGAGAUGAUGAUAUGGACAACUUCAUCGAGUACGAGGAUGAGGAGGAAACGGGUGGCGCGAUGGACGAAGAUGAGCGCGAGGAGCGCAGAAGGGAGAGGAGACGGCUGGAGAAGGCGCGACGCAAGGCAAUGAGUCGGCCAGAGCUUGCCGGCAUAGACGCGAAUGCUUGGGAAGAGAUUCACGAGGUAUUCGGUGACGGCCAUGACUUCGACUGGGCACUCGCGGACGAUGAAGAGACAGGAUUUGAGGAAGAGCAACAAAAGCCGGAGAUGAAGUACCAGGAUGUCUUCGAGCCUUCUGAGAUCCGUGCACGCAUGCUCACGGAGGACGACGAUUUGAUCCGCGCACAAGACAUACCUGAGAGGAUGCAGCUAGCGACCUCUGCAUUGUCCACAUCAUCGUCGUUGUCUCUACACAAACCCUUGACAGAGAACAACCUGGAUGAUGCUUCUCAAUGGGUCCUCAUGCGUCUAUCUUCUCGCAAGGAGCGCGAUUUUUUCCGCGCGGACGGGGUUUAUCACAGAUACCUCCAAGACCUUGUUCAGGCGAUAUCCUACGCACUCCGCUUCCUAUUUAUCCAGGAGUUGGAGGUGCCGCAUAUCUGGACGCACAAACGUGAUUACAUUUCGUAUUUCAACCCACAAGACUUGCGAACACGCGUGGAGCUGCUGACCCUGGACGAGCUCUGGCGCGUGUAUUCGGUCGGACAGAAGUUUCGUUCGCUGCUCGAGCGGCGCGAGGCUUUGGACUCGCUAUACACUCGGUUGGGCACGACAGAUGAAUAUUUCGAGAACGAGGUCCGAAGACGCGUCGAAAGCGUUGAGAUGGUUGCGGAUGCCACAGAGUGGCUGAGUCUCAAGUACAGAGGAGACAGAGGAGACCAAAAGAAACAAGUCGCGCUUCAGUUCCACGACGACGAGGAGCAUGUUGACGUCAAAAAGCACAAGAUGCCCUCUAGGAUAUCUGCUUAUGAACUGGCCAAAGGCAGUCCCGCAAAAGGCUUGGCAAAGCGUUUCGGCAUUGAACCUCACGAAAUCGUUUUGAAUUUUAUUAACGGACAAAAUUCGCAUUUUGUCGAGGAAGCGGAGCUAAACCCACUCGCUCUUGCUGAGCAGUACCUCGAUGACGGUAUACCGUCAGCGCAGGAUGCUCUCAUACGAGCGCGAAUGAUUUUGGCAACAGAACUAGGCAAGGAUCCUCUUCUGAGACACGAAAUUCGCAACGUGUUCAAGUCCAACGCACUCGUUUCUGUCCUGCCGACAGAGCGUGGUAUAAAUAAGAUUGACGAACACAACCCGUUCUUUAACUUCAAGUACAUGCUUAACAAACGGGCUUCAGACAUGUUACACUCCGCUCAAUUUUUGCAUAUCCUCCAAGCAGAGUCCCAGCAUCUGAUCACUGUCUCGAUCAUCCUGCCAGCAGAGGCAAAGGCCGCAUUUGAGAGGAGAUUGAAUGAUGCUUUCGCGUCGGAUAGCUUCAGCGAUUCAGCCCGAGCAUGGAACGAAGAACGCGCCCGUGUAGUACAGGAGACGCUCGAACAACAUCUGCUUCCGAUAGGUGUUAAGUGGACGAGGGAGUGGAUCAGGGAGGAUGCCGAAGAGUUCCUCGCUGAGCUGUGUGCACAGACCCUGCGGGAGCGGAUCGAUGUUGCUCCAUACACCUCACCCGAUAUGCAGCCCGGAGAAACACCUUCCGUGCUUGCCAUGUCAUGGGGUAAGGGCGAACCGCGCAAGGACACUAUUAGCGUAGUGUUCAUGGACGAAGCUGGCCGGCUGCGUGAGCAUACGCGGUUGGAUAAUCUCGUCGACCAAGAGAACAAGGACGAAUUUGUCGACAUGGUCAAGCGGCGGCGACCUGAUGUCAUUGUCAUUGGUGGCUUCAGCAUCUCUACUACCCGGCUCUCUCAGCAGGUGAAGCAAUUACUCAAGGCACCUAAUGGCGACGAUAUUCGGCCAGAGGAUGAGCUCACUAUCCCGGUCACAUAUGUGUUUGAUGAGGUUGCGCGGAUAUACCAACAUAGCAAACGCGCGGACGAAGAGUUCAGUGCACUUACACCUCUUGCCAAAUACUGUGUCGGUCUGGCGCGAUACGCACAAAGCCCUCUGAACGAGUACGCCGCACUUGGAACCGACAUCAAAGCGAUCACUUUCGACGAAGACAACCAGAACCUCAUUCCUGCAGAGAAGCUGCUGUCUGCCUUCGAACGGGUGUUGGUGGACAUUACUAACAAGGUCGGGGUGGACAUCAACCGCGCCGUCACCGAUUCGUACUAUCAGCAUCUUCUCCCGUUAGUCUGCGGUCUGGGCCCCCGAAAGGCUCAGAUGCUCGUCAGAAAGAUCGCCUCUCUGGGUGGCAAUCUCAUCAACCGAGACCAAUUCAUCAAGAACGGGCUUCUUACGACGAAGAUAUUCCUUAAUGCGGCCGGUUUCCUCCGCAUUCUGCAGGAUUCACAGUCGAAGGUUACCAAGAGCCGCCAUAAUGAAGAUGCUGAUGUGCCCGAUCCUCUGGAUAAUACUCGCAUUCACCCAGAGGACUAUGAGUUGGGACGGAAGAUGGCGACUGACGCGCUUGAGCUCGACGAGGAAGACAUCCACGAUGAGCACCCCUCGCAUGUCGUCUCGCAGAUCAUGACAGACGAUGAGAACGAUAAGAAGCUGGACGAGCUCAAUCUCGAUGACUUCGCUGUCAACAUGUAUGAGACAAAUCAGGACAAGAAGCGGCAUACGCUUAACAUAAUCCGCGCCGAACUCCUGCGGCCAUUUGGGGAGCAGCGCGUCUCGUUUACGACUCCAGGUCCAUGGGAGGUGUUAACAAUGCUGACGGGUGAAACACCCCGUACGCUGCGUGUCGGACUUAUCAUCUCCGUCCUCGUCGCUGCUGUCAAGAAUAGCUUUGUCUCCGUGCGCCUCGAUUCUGGAGUCGACGGUGUCAUCAACGCGCCGUAUCUCACGGACACACAAGCGUCCCCGAACCAGGUUGUGAAAAAGGGCCAGACACUCCAGGGUGUGAUUAUCGAUGUCAAGCUUGACUUGCCGACAGAUACGUUUUGGGUAGAGCUGUCCUCGCGGCCUGGAGAUGUUGGUGCCGGCGACAGUCAGUUCCGCCGUGUAAAGCACGACGAGGCUUGGAAUCACGCACAGUACGACCGCGACAUGGAGAUCCAGGCGCGGAAGAAGCGUGCGGAGGUGGACAAGACGCGUCGUGUCAUCAAACAUCCGAACUUCCACAAUUUCAACGCGCAGCAGGCGGAGCAGUUCCUAGAGUCGCAGCAGCGCGGUGAUGUAGUGAUUCGGCCGUCGUCUAAAGGCGCGGAUCAUCUUGCGGUGACGUGGAAGGUCGACGACAAGCUUUACCAGCAUCUCGACGUUGUUGAGCCGAAUGCAGACCCCACUGGACAGACCGUCGGCGGCAAGCUUAUCGUUGACAACACUCACCAGUACUCCGAUCUUGAUGAAUUGAUUGUCAACCACGUUCAGGCUAUGGCCCGCAAAGUAGAAGAACUGAUGGCGCACGAGAAAUUUAAGCAUGGGAAGGAGGAUGAUCUACACAUCUUUCUCAAGAACUUCGUGGCAGCAAACCCAGCUAAAAGCGCGUAUGGCUUCACACUCCACCGGAAACGCCCGGGCCACUUCAACCUCUGCUUCUUAGCCAACAAAAAUUCGACGGUGCAGACCUGGCCAGUGAGGGUGACCCCUGAGGCAUACUACCUCUUCGACACACCAGCCACCGGCGUGUCUGAGUUGUGUGAUGCGUUCAAAGUCAGACACAUGCACGAGUCAAAGAAUCUCGGCGGUGGUCUUGGGGCCAAGACGCCUUUCGGAGCUCGCACGCCCGCGAGGACGCCAGCACCAGGGCACGUAACUCCCGGGCAAAUGUCGGUACGACAAGUCGGCCGGACACCAAACCCGUACAGCGGGCAGGGCAGCGUACCUCCCGCGACAGGCUUUGGUGGCGCAACGCCAGCACCUCCGUCUUUCGCAACGCCAGCGAUGCCUUACGGUACAUCAUCGUACGGUAGUGCACCUCCACCAAACCUCGGAGGCUGGCAGACACCUGGCUUCGGGGUACAACCACAACCUCCUGCUGGGCCGCCCGGCGUUCAUCCUGCUCGCGCUGCAAUGAUCCAGCAGUCGGAGGGAGGAUGGACCUCACAAAGCGGAUGGUAGCGAGAAUAGAUCUGUCUGGGAUUGUUUCGCAUUGCUUUCCAUGUAUUGAUCGAUCGACGGCAUUACUCUGUCAUUUGCA